AUGGCAAGCAGCGGAAAAAGCAAACUACUAUGUCUUGAUUCACUUCCAGUUGAGAUUCUUUAUCGAAUUCUCGAUCAUCUUGAUGGACAUUCGAUUGUUUUAUCGUUUCGCUACGUAUGCAAAAAGUUUGCAGCAGUCACAAACACUUACAGUAGAUAUGAGCUUGAUUUCACGUCCGUAUCAAAGACUGAUUGUCACACAAUCUGUCGUACUAUUAAGCCUGAAAAUGUGACUGGCCUCAGCCUUUCAAAUGGUGACAUGACUCCAGGUCAAAUCAGUUUAUUCUUAUCACUUGUCAACAUCGAUCGAUAUACCAAACUUCGUUCGCUUACCCUUCUUGAUAUCGAUGACGAGCAUUUACAGAGACUAUUAUCACAUCUAACCGGCUCUCGUUUGCUGACAUCACUUUCAAUUAAAUUUCGAGGAACUGAAAGCGCAGUAGCAUCGGCUCAAGUCUCAGCAACAAUCUCACAGGCUACUCUUCAACGGCUUGAAUUUGAUAUGCGAAGCAGCGCCAUGAGUCAAAUUCGAUGGUCCACCAAUUUCACAUUACACUAUCUCAAAAUUACUGAAUGCACUUUUGAACAGUUUUGCGUCAUCCUUGAUCACUCGCCUAAUCUUCGAACAUUAGUGCUUCGUACUGGAAUUUCCGACAGUAUCCAUGAAACUAUAUCGAAGUUGUACCCACAAUUAACUUCGUUGUCAUUUAAUGAUGCUGGCAUUUUUCAGCCCUUGGGUGAACUUAAAUCGAUACUUUCAAUUACACCAUCACUCAAAUAUCUCAAAGUGAUCGUUCUGAUAUCUUCUGAAUGUCUAUUCGAUGGUUCUGAAUGGGAAAGUAUCAUUGGGGCAUAUUUACCACGUUUGAAUAGAUUCGAAUUUUUUUUCACUCUUCCCAACAUUACCAAUUAUAAUUCUCUUGAUCUUCAGUCACGCAUGGCCAGAUAUCGAACACCGUUCUGGAUUGAAACGAAACGAUGGAAUGUUGUUUGUACCUUUGACCCUACAAUGCAUAGAAUUCUUGUAUACUCGACACCAAUGUGUCUUAUAUCAUACUCAUUCAAAAGUCGUUAUCGCAAAAAAUCUAUAUCCAUUCCUUUCACAAUUACGAAUUUCAAGAUGGAUCUGGAUAUAGUGUCGGCAAUGUCAGUGCCGGUUACUACAGAGCAGCAACCAAUAUCGUCAAAUUAUGAUUGGUUUGAAAAUGUGACUGAUCUUACGGUUCAAAUUGAUGGACUCAACUUGCCAGACCCAUUCGACCUCUUUCCAAAAUCAGUGGACCCAUCAUUUAUCGUCAAACUUUCUCUUCCUAUUCUUUGCUAUGCGCGUUCUAUUCGAAACACAAUAACAAAUGUUGUUGCUUUACUCGAACGAGUAUACAAUGUUCGCUCACUUUCAAUAUUCUAUCGGCGGUCUCGCAAUUGUCCUAUGGUCGAUAUUUACCGAAUCUAUGCUGUUUUACCUCCGCAUAUAAUACAUUUGACAAUCGAAAUCAUGAGUGUCGAUGACAUGGAAAUGAUUUUUGAACGACUUGUAUACUUGACCAGUUUUACAUUUGUAUUGUCUGUUCAUACGAAAUCCUCUACGGCGUACAUUGAAUGGCUCAGAGAUAAUAUUACUGAUUUCACUCAUGUGAUAGAUGGAAAUCGUAUUUACGUAUGGCUUGGCAACUACCGCAAGAAAAGGAAAGAAUUCAUAGUGGGUUCAAAACGCAUGAAGCUAUCUCAAAAUUCAUAA